ACUUAAAUCGUUUGUCUUUAUCUCCCAUCUUUUUAGAGGGGAUAAAGAAAACCAAAAACAAAAGGUCAGGAGGAGGAGAAGAAAAAAAAACUCGGAGAAGAUUUUCUCUCUCGAGGUGGUAAUUCAUGGCGGCUGCGCCUCGGCUCUGUAUCAUCUUCCUCACUCUUCUCCUUUCUCUGAUCCGGUUCGGUUGAUGGGUUUACCUUUCUUGGAUGCAGUACGUAGAGGAAACUGUAGGGAGGAAAAUGAUUUCAACAGCCACAAAGGAACCUGAAGAAGAUGGUCAUUUGCUGACGUCUUUGAACAAAGAGCAAGAUGAUGAAAUCGACGACCCUUCUUUAUACAUGUAUUUCACCAUUGAUGACCUCGAAAAACCGAAGACACUGCCGGUUUACUUCUACAAAAACAACCUCCGAACCCUUCCCCCACUUCUGUCCAAAGAAGAAGCCGAUCUGAUUCCUUUUUCGAAAAGAAACCUCCCGUUCUUGCUCGAUUACUUCUCCAUCUCCAGGGAAUCUCCACAGGGCAAAGCCAUGAAGGAGACGUUAGGAUACUGUGACGCGAAAACCAUGGAAGGCGAGGUCAAGUUUUGCGCAACCUCAUUAGAAUCCAUGGUGGAUCUGGUCAAAGAAACGUUAGGUUACGAUACGAGGCUAAGGGUUUUGACAACGAGAGUCAUUUCGCCCGAAAACGCAACCUACGCUCUGCGGAACUACACAUUCGAGGAGGCUCCUAAGGAGCUUCUCGGGGUCAAGAUGUUGGGAUGCCACCGGAUGCCAUACCCUUUCGUCGUGUACUACUGCCACGGCCACAGGGGCGGGAGUAGGGUCUUCGAGGUCGAUCUGGUGACCGAACUUGGGCAGCGGGUCAUGGGACCCGCAGUCUGUCACAUGGACACAUCGACGUGGGACGAGGACCACGUGGCGUUUAAGGUGUUGAAGAUGAAGCCUAGGUCCGCACCGGUUUGCCAUUUCUUCCCACUUGAUAACAUUGUGUGGGUUGCAGUGUGAAAUUCAGGACUUUGGGUCCGGUUUUGUAAUUUUCAAAAGAUAAAGAGGGGGAGUCUUUCUA